GCAGCCUCGGCGCCGGAAGUGGCGACUAGUCCGCGCGCGGAUGGCGGCGGCGGCGGCGGCGGCAGCAGCGAUGACGGCGGCGGGCGGCGGAGGAGCUGGUGCGGCCCGCUCCCUCUCGCGCUUCCGAGGCUGCCUGGCGGGCGCGCUGCUGGGAGACUGCGUGGGCGCUGUCUACGAGGCACACGAUACGGUCAGCCUGACAUCAGUCCUGAGUCACGUCGAGAGCCUGGAACCGGACCCGGGCACGCCGGGCAGCGCGCGGACAGAGACAUUGUACUACACAGAUGACACCGCCAUGACCAGGGCUCUGGUGCAGUCCCUGCUGGCCAAGAAGGCCUUCGAUGAGGUGGACAUGGCUCACAGGUUUGCCCAAGAAUACAAGAAAGACCCUGACAGAGGGUACGGGGCCGGAGUCAUCACUGUCUUCAAGAAACUCCUGAAUCCCAAGUGCCGUGAUGUCUAUGAGCCUGCCCGGGCCCAGUUCAAUGGAAAGGGUUCCUACGGCAAUGGGGGUGCCAUGCGGGUAGCAGGCAUCUCGCUGGCCUAUGGCAGUGUCCAAGAUGUACAGAAGUUUGCCCGGCUCUCAGCCCAGCUGACCCAUGCUUCUUCCCUGGGUUACAACGGUGCCAUCUUGCAGGCCCUGGCUGUGCACCUAGCUCUGCAGGGUGUAUCAUCCAGUGAGCACUUCCUGCAGCAGCUUCUGGGCCACAUGGAGGAGCUGGAAGGUGAUGCCCAGUCAGUCUUGGAUGCCAAGGAGUGAGUAUAGGCUGGAGCAAGGGCUGAGGCGAGUCAGAGUGUCUCCAGGGCAGGGGUGGAUACCUGGCAUUGCCACAGAGCCAGACCUUCCGUUCUUCCUGGGAACUUUAUGGAGUGGUUAGAAGAGGCCCCUUUGCCUCAAAGGAUUCAUGGCGCUCAGUGUCUCAGACAACAGAACACCUCCCUCCCAACCCUGUCAAGGCACGUGC